UUUAAGUCGUUGAUAAGCAACGGAACCGGCGACCGCAGCGAUAACUUCGCCAGAGUACUGAGUGACGUUUUCAAGUGAAGCGUUGGUCAGCGCGAGAUUGAGUUCGGUGAUUUAGUGUGUGACUGCGAGUGACAAAAGACGGUGCUAUUGUGGACGAACGUAGUGUAAAGCAAGAAAAAAAGAACGCAAGAACGAAAAAAUAUGUUUUCGCACACAAAUCGCUGUCUGCUGCUGCUAUUUACAAUAACAACGGCAACAACAACAAGCAACGCAGCAGUGCUGGCCGCUACGCGCAGUACCGCGAAAAUCUCGCCGGAAAUCAUCAACGAGCUAAAAUACUUUCUCGAUUUGAUACCCACAGCCACAGUGGACGAAAUCGUCGCCAAGCACUACAUCACCGAUUCGAAUUUCCGCGAAGUGUUCAAAUAUCUACGCGGCACGCAAUUUACAGCACUGCUGCAGCAAGUCCAGCAAAUUCCAGAGGUUAUAGACAUACUGGAUUAUUUGCAUUUGCUUGUACCGGACGCACAACAACUGCCCGCAUAUGGCCGCAUCGAUGCAAGUUCGUCCGAUGUGCAGUUGUCGUCGGAACCGCAGCUCAGCUUUGUGCUGUUGAACAAUUUGGAGGAGAACGAAGUGUUGCCACGGGUGAUGAACGAAGAAACUAUGUCAACAUCAUCGGCACCCAUCCUACCACCAUCCGCACUACACUUACGCACGUUUAACAGUUUUGUCGACGAGCUGUUGGGGCACUUGCCGCACGAUCGAUACGUGCAACUGAUUAAUCAAAAGCGUCAGCAGAAUCUGGCAUUCGCGCAAUUUUAUGCAGCAUUGCGCAGCGCCGAACUGCGCCCAAUGGUCGAUGCAACGCUGAAAUCUUCUAAUCUGACGUCAAUAAUUAAAACGCUGACUGCGAAUGGUGUAGAUGUGAUGAACUUGGAGGCCGUAGCUUUUAAAGUAAUUUCCUGGGGACCCGUGCCGAUUGCAUUGCCUUAGUAGCACGUUACAUAUUUAAACGCGGCGCAGUUUUGCUUUUAACUGGAGCGGAUAAUUAUGUAGUGAAAGUAAGGCAUUCAUUAUGCGCUUAAGAAGAAUGAGGUUAAUUAAUUCAUUUUUGCUCUAUAAAUAAAUAUACAUAUGUAUAUAUGAAUUAUAUAUUAAUGCUAGGAUAUAUAACGAUACAUAUAUCAGCACUUAAUAUAAAUGUAUACAUAAUCAAUUGCAGUCAUGCUGUGGA